GCUGGUCGUCAUCCAAAGACAACGACGGGCCAGCAUGUUCAUAUUGUUAGCUUAUCACAUAACGUAACCUUAUUCAAUCAUAAUGAUUUCCACACCGAUAAUCACUCCUGCUCUUUCCAUCUGGCUGCAGCAGCUGGCUGGAAUACUUCCUCUCACAGCACUUAUCGAGUUCAUCGACAUCCCCACAAAGCUACACGUUUUCGAGCUCAGCGGUUCGGUCUCUCUAUGGAACUGGCCCAUAACACCUGCUGGAGCCCGGCUGCUUCUUCUAGAUGAACACACAAGCUAUACAUGCUGUCUCGAUGAAGCUGGAUACAGCCAAACCUUACACUGUAUUGAUGGGAGACAUGGAGACUGCUAUCCUAGUAGCUCGCCAGCCACAGUGAGACUGGGCUUGUCAACGCACAGAGUUGACACUAAGGUACCAAAUUCUAGCGUUAAUAUGAAGGACGUAGAGGCGAGGAGGCAGAGACUAGAGGUUUUUAACAUUACGCGGCUCGAGUCUGUGGCUGGCCAGAGUGCAUUUCCUUGGAUCUCGAAGACACAUUCGCUCAGGUAUAAAUCCAUAUCAUUAGGCGGGUGGUUAUGUUGGCUCGGAGUGACGACUAUUUGUCUGCUGGCAAAGUUGUAUAUCGGAGCGGCGUAUUUAAUCCUUAUGCCAAUGACGGGGCUGCUUGUGUACCUGAUAAGAGGCGGCAAAUCGCGCCCACUAUUGAAUGAGAGGGUCUCGGGAUUCAAACGUCUCGUGGUCGCCACCAAAAACUUAAAUGGCUCAGAAUGGUGGGCAUUUUACGGAUGUAGCAACCUGCUCAACUCUCUACUCAACAAGCCGCUGUACCGGACUUGUACCACUCCCGCCCCGAAACUCUUGAAGGUGUUACUGCAAUUGUUAAUUGCUGGCCAAUGGGUCCUAGCAAUUGGAUCAUGCGCGAUGCAGAAUUGGAAUGCAUUUGUAAUCACAUUCUGGAUUGUAUUCUGUGCUUGGGCUAGCACGUAUGGGUAUCGACCAGAAGACAGUGUUCAAGACUGGCUUCACUUGAACUGCAAUAUUGGCGUGAAGCGCAUCCAGACGGAAUUUAGCUCAAGGAGAUCAAUGCUCAGUACGAUAGUCUACCUCAAUCCUGACACCAAAGAGGACUGUACGAAUUGGAUAAAUCCGAUACUUACAGACUCUAAAGAUCGGUUAGCGUGGCAGUCAACGCUACUGAAAUUGAUAGCUACUGGGACACUGGAAGAUGAGAAAAUGAAGGAAACAUAUUGGUGGAAAUACGUUUUAGAGGGGCUUGAAAUGGGAAAGAAGAUUGAACGAGUUUUAUCAGAUCAAUCAAAGAGGCAGAAGUCAAAUGUAUAACCGGAAGAAUCACUGUUAAAAAUUUCGGCAAUUAGUCUUCGAUUAUCACGCAGUCCUACUCCCU